CGCCGGCCGCCGUGAGCUUGAGGCCGGGGGGCGGCGGGCUGGGCGGAGGGCUGUCGCUGCGCCCGGGAGGAGGCAAGCCGUCGGGGCUCUACGUGCGUCCGGGAGCGGAUGGAUCGAGCGGGCUGGACGAUGGUCCCAAGGGGCCGCGAGUCAAGUAUUCGAGGGACGAGCUGCUGGCGUACCGUGAGAAGUGCGCGGACAUCCCUCCCGAGAUUCUGAACACCGGCGGCGACAUCAUUGCGUCGUCCGCGGGGCGCGCCUCGUCCGCCGCGGCGGAGCCCGACUGGUCGUCGCGCAGGAGCGCGCCGCCGCCAUCGCAGCCCGCAGGCCAGCAGGCGCGCGCGCCCGAGGCUCCGGACAACCGCGACUGGCGCGCGCGGCAAUCGCUCUCCCCGCAGGAGGAGCGCGAGCGCGGGCGCGGCGGCGGAGGUGGACGGGGAGGCGGAGGCGGGCGGGGAGGCGGAGAGCGGGAUUGGCAGAGCCGCGGGGAGCAGCAGGGGGGACAGCAGCAGCAACAGCAGCAGCAGGGACAGGCUGGGAAUGUGAGUGGCAGUGGUGGGAAUGCGAGUGGCAGUUGUGGGAAUGUGAGUGGCAGUGGUGGGAAUGUGAGUGGCAGUGGUGGGAAUGCGAGUGGCGGAAAUUUGUUGUCUUUCACCCACUCUCCCGUCCCCAAUUUCUUCUUGCACUCUCUUGUGCUUGCUGCUCCACCCGAAUCGCUGGGCGGACGGCCCUGCGGUGCCCGUAGUGAAGGCGGCCAAUGCGUGGAUGCACGAGUUAAUGUGCCACGCUCCUCCUCUCCCUCUCUCCCCUCCCUCUCCCCUCCCCCCCUUCUCCAGGCGGACGGCCCUGCGGUGCCCAUAGUGAAGGCGGCCAAUCCGUGGAUGCCACGUCGCGGAGCCGUGGACGAGAAGGAGAAGAUAUGGGGCGAGGCAUGGGGAAAUGUAGAGGGGGAGGGAUGGGGUGGGAGGUAUGGGUAUGGGGCGAGGCAUGGGGGACGGCAUAGGAGGGAUAGGCUGAAGAGAAGCAUUCUGAACAAGCUCACCCCCGAGAAGUUCGACGUGCUGCUGCAGCAGAUGCUGGAGUCGGGAAUCACCUCAGCAGAGCGACUGCAGGAGGUGAUCUCGCUCAUCUUCGACAAGGCCGUGGACGAGCCCACGUUCUGCCCCAUGCCUGACCCAUGCAUCAUUCUGAACAAGCUCACCCCCGAGAAGUUUGACGUGCUGCUGCAGCAGAUGCUCGAGUCGGGCAUCACCUCAGCAGAGCGACUGCAGGAGGUGAUCUCGCUCAUCUUCGACAAGGCCGUGGACGAGCCCACGUUCUGCCCCAUGUACGCCGAGCUCUGCGACAAGCUCUCCCACGCGCUGCCGCAGUUCCCGGGGCCAGAAGGGUCGGACAAGCCAGUUACUUUCAGGAGGAUUCUGUUGAAUACCUGCCAGGAGGAGUUUGAGCAGGCGCUGAAGCUGAGGCAGGAGUUGAAGGGAUUGACCAAGGCGGAGCAGGCGGAGGAGAGGGAGGACGUGCAGCGGCGGGUGAAGGCUCGCACGCAGGGGAACAUCCGGCUGAUUGGAGAGCUGUACAAACAGAAGAUGAUUCCUGAGAAGAUCGUUCAUGCGUGCGCUCAGGAACUGCAAGGCGACAGCAAGACAGAGCCUCCAGAGGAGAACAUCGAGGCGCUCUGCCAGCUGCUGGCCACGGCAGGGCGAGGCAUGGAGGAGAAACCGGCCGGCAAGGCCGGCAACCCCGUGCUGCUCAAUGCCUACUUCGACCGCCUUAAAGCCCUCGCGGCCUCGCCGAACCUCCCCUCUCGCAUCCGCUUCAUGUGCCGCGAUCUGGUCGACCUGCGGUCCAAUAAGUGGGUGCCACGUAGGAAGGAGCUCACAGCCAAGAAGCUGGACCAGAUUCACGCUGAAGCUGAAGCUACGCUCGGGCUGAGGAAGGGCGCUGCCUCGCUCAGGGUCGGCGCAGCCUCGGGAGCCAUGCCCGGAGGUCCGGGGAUGAUGUUCCCUCCCGGGCCUGGCUGGCCCGGAGGUCCGGGGAUGCCGGGCAUGCCCGGAGGCUUGGUGGCAGGAAUGGUGCCUCCUGUGGAUUUGGAUGGGUGGGAAACGGUUUCUAUUGGUCGGCGUGGGAAGAAGGAUACUGCCGGAGCUGCCGGGCAGGCUCGGCAGGGAGCUGCAGCUGCAGGUUCGGUACCGAUCAUGGGGCCAGGCAUGGGGCUCAAAAUGGGCCCAGGUAUGGGUCCGGGAAUGGGAGGCUCGUCGGCGUUCAUCGGCAAGCCAAGCGCUCUGAUUGGUGCCAAGCCUGCUCCGGUCAGACCAGCCGAACCUGUGGCUCCCAAGCCUGCUGCUGCCGCUGCCCCCGCCGCCCCUGCCGCUGUUAGCAACGGCCCAGCAGCAGCAGCAGCGAAGCCAGCAGCAGCAGCAGCAGCAUCGGGCACGUGGGAUGAUGUGGCAAAGAGGAAGUCUGAAUCGCUUCUCAAGGAGUUUUUCGCCGUGCUGGAUCUUAAGGAGGCUCAGCUGUGCAUGGAGGAGCUUGGCUCGCAGAAAUCCCACGAGGUUUCGUCCCGAUUCGUUGAAUUUGCGGCGAAUUUCGCCCUGGAGGGCGGCAAGGAGAAGGAGUGCGUGGAGGUGGGGCGGCUGCUCUCCCACCUGCACUCCAAGGGCGCGUUCGCAGCUAAUGAGAAGGGCGAGAGCGCGCUGACAGCUGGCAUGCUCUCAUUGGCCGAGCAGCUCGAUGACCUGGCGCUGGACGUGCCCCAGGCGCCGAGAUUCCUGGGGGAGUGGCUGGGCGGCUUUGUGGCGGCCGGGGCGGCGGAUUUUGGCUUACUCAAGUCGGUGUGUGAAAUGUCGUAUGAUGGCGGGAGGAGGCGGGCGGUGGUGGUGGCUGCUGUUAAGGCGAUUGAGGGGAGCGAGGCGGGGAAAGGGGAGGGGGUGGUGGAGGUUUUGAGGAAAGCGGGGGCGACGGGGCUGGGUAAGGUGGUGACCGAGGAGGGAAAGGAUGAGGCCGAGGCCAAGGGGCGGCUUGAAGAGGACUUGAAGAAGGCUGGGCUUGCUUUGGAGGUUCUGACCUUGUAA